UCAACAAUAUUGUGCAGGCGCGAUUUAAAUAUAAAAUAAAAUAAACUGAGCAUUUGGUCAGUGUGAGCCCAGGUCAUAGGAUCGGUCCUUGAUCAAUACUAUCAUUCGAAGUAGUGACUGCUGCUGUAAAUGCUUUACUGUUAAGUGAACAUGGAUGAAUUUUUUGAUCAAGAGCGUUUCAAUUCACAUAUACUACCAACUAUUCAUAAAUCAAUAGAUACAUUGGCAAUAAAGCUUAAAAUCGUAGCUCAGCGAUUGAAAAAAGGAAAAAGAAAACGAAAAAAUAAUUCCGAAAAAAUAGUUAGUUCUGGUACAAAUGAGCUUAAAAAAAUGAUUCCGAAGAAUACAACUACAGAGAAUACAUUUGAAACUAAUUUUGAUAGUUUCAUCAACUCUGAAAAUAAUAAUUUUUUUCUCGAAAUUAACAAGAAAGACGAUGACAGUGCUAAAGCGUCAUCGAAUUUUAAUGUUGCGGAUAUAUAUGAUAGAGAUAUUGUCACAGAUGAAAACAGUAAUGAUACUUCACUUCUUAUGGCCAAUACGAUCACUUAUAAGCAACUAAUUAUUGGUACAUUAAGACUUGUCAGUUACAUUUAUCGAUCACCAAAUGUGGCUUACGAAGAUUCUGAAACCAUCAUGAAAAAUGGAAAUAUUGAUUACUUAUUGCUGAAUAAGAUAUCGGUUCCUUUGAUUAAUCAGUUGUUCAAUUUAUACCAUGCAUUUGGCAAUAAAUUUUUUUUCAUUAAUCGUAGAAAAAGAGUUUCGAAAGAGAUGCGUUCAGUCAUGAGUCAUUCUACAGUAGCCAUGAAUUUUUUGUUUAAACUUAUUUUCGAAAUUUCUCCAUGUGCAUUAGUUUCUGUAUUAUUCAUGUAUAUACAAAAUGAUGAGUAUGCAAAAUCAUGUUGUUCGAUAUUACGAGACUAUUUGAUACCUUACAUAACUAAAUUUAGUCGUUUGCGACAUGAACAAUUAGUUUAUGAAAUGCGAUUACGACAAAUGAUCACUGAUAAAGAUUAUAUGCAGCUUUUUGACAUUCUUAAAAUUGAUAUCGAGCGGGUAAUUUACAGAAAGUAUCCUCUACCAUUUAAUUUAAAUAAUAAUUUAAAGUCGUUGCAUAUCCUUAAGUAUCAUAUGUAUAAAAGAAACACCAAGAAUAUUUAUUAUUAUGAAUCUGAAGACGCUGUUCAACUAAUGUCGAAGAAGGGAGAUAAUGCUUCAAUGAUAGUUUUUGUAAGGGGAAUGUGCGUAUUUAUAUUUGAUGUUUUGGAACUACCUGGAGAGAAUUUAGAAGAAAAAAGUUGGGCUGAACGCUUGACACUAUAUAAGCCAUUUCUGAAAGAGCGAUGUGAAAAUAUUAUUACCGUAAACGAAAUUCAUGAGUCAGAAUUGGAUUCUUUAAUCAAACGACCCACGUUUAUUUACGUUAAAACAUGUGGAUUUGGACUAGGAACAUUUUUUGAAAAUUUUCAUAAAUAUGAACGAAAAGGGCGACGGACAUCCAUCAUUUCUGAACUACCACGUUAUAACUCAUCUUCUAAGCUUCAAAAUUCAUCAAUCAAACCAAUGCUUUCAUCAACAUCACAAAUAAAAAAAAAUAAAUUCGCUAUUAUUGAUCAAUUAUAAAGAUUGAUGUAACAAUCAUCAUGUUUGAUUAUCGAAUUUAUCAAAAGUUACAGAAUUAAUUUCUAUUUUGAUUUUUGCAUAGCCUUUCAUGAUAUUUCUAUGAUCAGCAAACAAAAUUGAUAUUUCAUAGUUAGAAGAUUCAGUCAAUUCAUCUUGUUUCUCUUAAUAAUUGAUCUUUGUACUUUGAUUAUAUAAAAUUAUGUAAAACUAUCGGUAGUAAUUAUCAGUACAUAAAACUAUUGAAAAAAAUAUGAUUUUUUCGCUACAGUUUUCCUUCUUGCCUUUGUAACUUUAUUGAGCAUAAGUCGUUAAGAAAACAUUUUUCACGUAGCAGAUUGAUAUAAAUUAUUAAAUCAUUUUUCAAUGAAUUAUGUAGUUUUAACUAAUUUUAUAUUUUGAAUUUUCACCAAUACGUGCACACUCUUAUCUCACCGUGAUGACUACAACCACCCGCCUAAAGAUAGCGUACCUACGCGCCAUGUAUAAAAACAUUUAUACUUAUUAUUUUACUAAAUAUUCUAUUAUGAUUUUAUCAUAAUUAAGAUGAUAUUUUAAUUAUUCUUUCAUGAUAUUAAAUGCUAUAAGAAGUAGAUAAUAUUCAACAUUAAUUAUUAUCAUCAAUGCGUAUACUUUUUCUUCGGUAUUAAUAAAAUGUUUUGUAAACUGUUGAUUACUGAUAAAUACCAUAUUUUUGCUCUCCAAAAAGGCUAGUAGUAAAAGAAAAGACAGCUGACUAUAUAUUUAUUCAAUUAUUAAAAUAUUCAAAAAAUAUAAAUAAUUAGUAAAACCUGAUGAUAAAUAUUAUAGGUAUUCCCUCGAGUGAAAUCACUGGUAUAAAUAUAUUUUUUUUAUUUUUUUAUUUUGGCCUUAAAAAAAUAAAAUGUAGUAGUCAUAGACGCCUCUAUGCUAUCGACUUGUUGCUGAGAACAACAGAAGAGAGAACCGGAUUGUUCAAGUAAAUGGUUGUGUUAAGGUUAUUGAGAAAAUGUUCGU